AUGCCUAAAGGCUUAUUCAAUAAAAAAACACCACUGAUAUGGCGACGCGAAUCGACUGAAACACCACCAGCUUCUGAAAAAGCACUCGAACAACAGAUGGGGCAAUUGGCCUCAACUCAGCUCCCAGCAUCUCAAGCACUGGGCUUUGCCAGCAAAAGCCAACAAGACACGCAAAUUAACUGCCAAAUCCGUGCUGAUGCCUCCAAUCGCUUAAUUGUCAAUGAACAAACCAAAGACUGUUUUGAAUACUUCAUCACUCAAUAUGGUGAAAAAAGCAUUGAGCAAAUCAAAGCAGAUUUUCUCAGCUAUACCAAAAUCAGCUAUAAAGAGCCUGUGCUAUCACAGUUAAAUGAUCUCUGGGCACGCUAUAUCGAUUACAGAAGCAAAUUAGGUGAUUUACAAGCACCUACCGCAGAUAAAGAAAGCGCAAAGUAUUAUCAGCAGAUUUUAGUCAAUACUCAAAAUUUAAGAAAAAAAUUCUUCUCGGAUUAUGAAAUUCAAGGCUUAUUUGGCACACAAGAUACCUAUGACCGAUAUACGGUAGACCGCUUAGAAAUUAUGGAUAAUCAAAAAUUAUCUGCGGCUGAAAAAGCACAAAAACUCAAAGAGCUUUUCGAGCAACUCCCCGAAGACUGGAAAGAGAAUUUACAACAACUUAAUCAACUUGAAGACUUAAGAAAGCUGACAGCAGAGAUCAAGGCGCGUGGUGGUUCUGCACAAGAGAUCCGUCAAAUGCGCACCAAUUUAGUGGGACCAGAAGCGACACAACGCUUAGAAACGCUUGAUGUACAAAGAAAUGAUUGGAAAGGCAAAGUUAAUCAAUACCUUGCUGAACGUGACACUAUCCUCAAAAGUAAUCUGAGUGAUUCAGCCAAACAGCGUGCUGUAGAACAAUUGAAAUCACAACAAUUUGCAAAUCAACAAGAGCAACUCAGAUUACAAACUUUUGAAACUGUGCAUGAUCAAGGAGGAAAAUUACCCUUUGCAAAUUAG